AUCGAUAGUAUCGUUUUUCCAUCAAUAAUCACAUGCAAGCAAAUGAUUAAAAAUAAACGUUUUUUUCAUCUAAAUUCCAGUCAAGAUGAAAUUUACGAAUCCAUUGAAUCAUGCAAAAUAUUUUUGGUGGGGUAAAGGUUGGGGUGCAAAACCUCGUAAAAACACCGAUCAAUUUUACUAUAAAAUGCAAUGGAAAGCUAAAGCUAAACGUCCAUUGGAAGUUAUCGAACAAACAUUACCUGAAGGCGUCAAACCAAUUGAUCCGAAUGUCUAUGUUCGACAAGAGAUGAAUCGAGAAUUUCAUGAUAAAUCUAAAUUUGAAUUACCGUGGCCUUAUUCUUAUCGACCCAUAAAAGGUACGCCUGAAGAUCCGAAUUACAAACAAGAAGUACUUGUUUUUCAUCGAAACAAACGUCUAAUCGAACCAAUCAAUUUACCGCUUCAUUUUACAAAUUCAAUACUUGAAGAUGAUUUGCCUCAAUCUAUCCUUAGAUUUCAAAGAGAAAUUCAAUUCGAUGAUAAAUUUGUCGAUUAUUGUCGACGGAGAUUUGAAUGGUCACUGCUUAACGAUUGUGCAAUGCAAAAAUUGCCACUCAAUCGAGAGUUCCCGUACUUGGAUCAACGGCCACCACGUGUAUUUGGAACGACCACUAAUCGAAAAGAAAAUUUGAUUCUUCAAACUUUAUAUGAAAUUUCAAAUUCAUGGACAGCUGAAACAUUUGGUUAUAACCCAAAUCUGAUUUCAAUGCGAAUAUCACGACCGCAUUGUGUCUAUCCGAUACAUAGGGAUGAAAAAUAUGCCCUACUAGAUUUAGAAUGCGAUUUUGUAACGAUAUUAUCGACGUCAUCAUCAAACACAUCAUUGCCAUCGAUUCCAUUUGAUCCUGAUUAUGUAGCAAAUGUUUCAGAUCGGCCGUUAAAAUCUAUUUCACCAAUUUCCUGGCAGGUUGGAUUUGAUACUAAAAAUUUCUACACAGAUGAUUUUGAAUUUAUUAUUCCAACUAAAUCACAAAUUCAGACAAUAUUCUUAUCGAAUAAUAAUGUUCGUAUAUUAAAUGAUGAAGAUUAUCAAGGUCGUGGCAUCAUGUUUUGUUAUGGCUAUGCCAUGCAACAGGCGAAAUUACUAGAAAAACAAGAGCAACAAUUCGUUCCACAAACAAUUCAAUGUCUUUACACUAGUCCAAAAGAUUCGAUGAAAGUUGGAUUCGUUUUAUUUCAAUUGAAUACAGUUACUGGUGAUGAUUCGACGAUUCGAAAUCAAGUUUGGCUUAGUGAACCUCGAUCAAUUUUGGAUGAUACUCGUUCCAUAUUGAACGAUCUAUGCACAAUGCAAUCAUUUCGUUUGGCGAAUUUACCCACUUCAUGAAAACGUGAUUCGUGAUCAUCAUCAUCAUUUUGAUUGUUAUUUUUACCAUUAUGAUUCAAAUGUUGAUUUCUGACUGGUUCUUUUGUU